AUGGAUUCGACCAAUUCUAUUGAUGAUAAAGACGCAUCGCUGCCGCGUGGGAUUUCGUUUGCGAGACCCACGGUGUGGAAUCCGUCGGAUUCAUCUGUCGUUAGAUGGGUCAACGACCAAUCUGCUCCCGCGCAACGAGAGCAACCCUUGCCGCCCGCACCGUUUCGUGCACCUUCACGUCUAGUCCCGAUUGUUGACGCCAAGGGCGAUGACGGAAACGUUGAGACUAAGAGCGGCCGAAGAUUGUCAAUUACCACUGUACGAUCAGCUCUUGACAAGAAGCGCAACAGUGUUGUCGUACCAGGUCAGGGAAUUACCGACAAAGUAUCUACGAUGUAUCACCGAGUAUUUGCUCCCGGCGAAGCAGGCGCCAUGGAACCGUCGGGCGCCCUGAAAUCAAGCCAGUCAUCUCUGAUCUCCUCAAAGGAUGAUGGACCUAUUCCUUCGAUGAGAUUCAUCUUUGUAGGCGACUCUGGUUGUGGCAAGUCGGCCCUGUUAAUGCGCUCAUAUCGUGGAACGUUCAUUGAUGGCCUCGAGAAGACUAAGUUAGAGUCUUUCAUUAAAAAGCUGGGAGUAUUGGCCUCUUACCUGGCCUUUGAUGCGGUAUUCCUGUGCUUUGCCCUGGAUAACACUGCGGGAUUUGUCGAGGCCCAGAACAAGUGGGUCGACUAUAUUCAGGCGAAUUGCCCUAACACGCCUAUUAUCCUUCUUGGACUUAAGAAGGAUACUUGCUUUGGUCCUGGUAUGCGGGCACCCAAGAUUCAUCCGCACCUAUUCUCGUCGAUCCGUACGCCACAGAACAUUCGGGGUUCAAUGGACUCAGACACCCAGAUCGUCAGAUCGGUCAAGUACAUCGAAUGCUCUGCUAAGACAGGCUACAACGUCGAGCGAGUUCUUCAAGAAGGCGCUAAGCUGGUGCUUGCUGAGCGAGCUGAGCAGAUUGAUCUGGCACGUAUCCGCGAGGAGGUGGAAGAGUCCGGGGUAGAGGAAAAGAUCAAAGAUAUCGAACAGAAGUCUGCAGCGGAGCCUGUGGAGAAGGCCCCAAAGGGAAUUUCCAAAUUCUCUUGGUUCAAGAAAUUGAUGUAA